AUGAUGCCAUUGACUAAAAUAUUAUACCACACAAGAGAAAUUCUUCUGUUAUCGCAAGCUUUCAUUCUAGCACUGCCCUAUUGUACACGUUCAUUUCAACCACACUUGACACUAUUGUGUAACGAUGUCAUGUUUCAAUUUUUAGACAAGUUGCCGAGUACUACAGAAGAAUGGAAACGAUGUUCGGAGGAAUUUGAUAUAACUUCGAACUUCCCUCUUUGCGUGAGAGAUGAUGAUGCACCAAUAAAAACCGGCAGCGAGUGCUAUAACUACAAGAACUUUUUUAGCAUUGUGUUGUUUGCUCUAGUGGAUGCAAACUACCAUUUCUUGUAUGCUGAUGUGGUUUCACAGGGUGGUAUAUCUGAUGGUGGAAUAUUCAAAAACAGUAAAUUGUGGAAGAAAUUGCAAGACGACUCCCUUAACAUGCCUUGA